AUGCAGAAUGCGGCAGCUGUGACAACGGAUCUCUGGCCCUCGGUGGCUAAUGCUUUGGCAACUCCAUGGAAGCGUUUCAGUCUGCCAUCAUCGGAGAUUUCCCCGGGCAAAGAAUGUAAUGAAGUGCUCCGGAGACGCCGGGAUGAAUCUCCAACAAUUCAAUCUCACCUGGUCCUCCCUGACUGCUUGAAGUCAGUCCCAAUGACAGCUCUGCGAAACGGCUCCAAAACGAACACCCUGUUUGGCCAGCACACCUUGUCGCCGAUAUUUUAUUCUCGUACGUUAAAACCUACUGCCUUGAUCCCCUUCUACUUGACUAACAAUCCGGUUUUAGCAACUCGGACAACUAUCUGGACCAGCAGAUUUUCUUCGGCCCCGAACAUUGUCAAAUCGAGCUCGCCUCGUCAGUUCUCUACCAUUUCUCUCCUUCAACUCGACCGCUCGCGGAGUAUCCCGAAAGUGAAAGGCAUUCCGCAAAUUCAACAACACCGAUUCCUUUACGGAGGUCCGUUUCAGAAUGUAUUGGCCCACACUGAAAGAACUGCAAACAGCAAACCACAUAGCGUGAGCGCGCAAAAUGCGUUUUACAGCGCCCUGCUGCGCGCGAACAUGCCUGCAAUUAUCAUUGAACGAUAUCGGAGUGGGAAAUAUGCUGGUGAUGGUUUCAGUGAGGCUACGUACCUUAAGGCUCUUGAGCGGGUCGGCGGCUUGGAUGCUUCAGUUGGUCUCAGACCUGUACAAAAUCAAUUUCAAUCUCAAAAUCAGAAUCUCAACAAUGACCAACUACAAGCAGUUGGACAGGCGGUCGCUGCCCAUAUGAAUGGAGCUCAAAUCGGAUUAUCUACGAAAAAGGACGGUACUGGAGCAAAGGAAUCUCCUCUCUACGUUGUGGUGGAGGAAUCUUUGUCGAGCUCGAUUUACCGCUGGGUUAAGUUCAUCUUUAUUUUCCUGCUUUUCACUUACGUCUCCUUCGUCGUGAUCAACAUCAUCGCGGACACUACCGGCAUCCUGAAAAAUGUCCGAGGUUCCCAGCCCAACGAAGCCCAACCGCAACACCAGCAAGUUCGAUUCAGUGAUGUCCAUGGCUGCGACGAAGCUAAGGAGGAGCUUCAAGAACUGGUCGAAUUUCUGACCAACCCUGAACGCUUCAACAAUCUUGGUGGUAAACUCCCCAAAGGUGUUCUCCUCGUUGGGCCCCCUGGUACUGGGAAAACUUUACUUGCUCGAGCUGUUGCCGGAGAGGCUGGUGUACCUUUCUUUUAUAUGUCUGGGUCUGAAUUCGAUGAGGUAUAUGUUGGUGUGGGAGCCAAGCGUGUUCGGGAACUGUUCAAUCAAGCCCGAACCAAGGCGCCUGCGAUCAUAUUCAUUGACGAAUUGGAUGCAAUCGGAGCAAAGAGAAAUGAGCGAGAUGCCGCCUACGUAAAGCAAACUCUGAAUCAACUUCUGACCGAACUCGAUGGGUUCUCCCAGUCUACUGGCGUCAUUAUCAUUGCGGCAACCAACUAUCCAAAACUACUCGACAAAGCGCUAACACGGCCUGGCCGGUUCGACCGUAGGGUGGUGGUUGGCCUUCCUGACGUCCGUGGCCGCGUCGAUAUCUUAAAGCACCAUAUGAAAAACGUCCAAAUAAGCACAGAUGUCGAUACUACCGUUAUUGCUCGUGGAACGCCUGGUUUUUCUGGUGCCGAUUUGGAAAACCUUGUCAACCAAGCUGCCAUUCAUGCCAGCAAGAACAAGCAAACCAAGGUUGGCCCGAAAGACUUUGAUUGGGCCAAGGACAAAAUAAUGAUGGGGGCUGAGGCGCGCAGCAGGGUUAUGCGGGAGAAAGACAAGCUGCUCACCGCAUAUCAUGAAGCAGGACAUGCUCUUGUCGCCUACUUCUCUCCUGCUGCAACCCCAUUAUAUAAAAUUACUAUUGUCCCGAGAGGCAUGUCAUUGGGUACCACGCAUUUCCUCCCGGAAAUGGACAUUGUUUCGCGGAAUUAUACCGAGUUCUUGGCGGAUAUCGACGUGUCUAUGGGCGGUAAGGCCGCUGAGGAGCUUGUUUUUGGACCUGAAAACGUCACGAGCGGUAUAUCAUCGGACCUUCAACGUGCAACCAACACCGCCUUCUCGAUGGUAACACAAUAUGGAUACUCGAAAAAACUAGGCUCUAUCGACCUUAUUUCAAACUAUAAAUCAUUGUCUUCAGAGACUAAGCAAGAAAUCGAGGCUGAAGUCAGACGCCUAGUCGAGGAAUCAAGUCGACGCGCAACGGCAAUUCUCACAGAACACCGAAAGGAACUAGAGCUAUUAACCAAAGCGUUGAUGGAAUAUGAAACACUGACGAAGGACGAGAUGGAAAAAGUAUUGAGGGGAGAAAAAUUGGAUAAGCUUGAAUCGAUACCCAAGGCACCAAUUAUACUACCUGAUGCGCUGAUGGCGGCUGGAUUGAAGCCUCCGGCGGGAGAAUCUGCUGCGCCAAAAUGAGCGUGAUUAUCAUUUGGUACCUUCCUAUUUUAUACCUCCUUGUUCCUUGACUUAUAUUAUUCAACUGGUUCUCUUGUUUCUGUCUCUCUUACUUUUUUAUUCAAUCAUAGCUUCUGUAACUUAUUUUCAAUGCCUUUCUCCCGGCCCUUUGGAAGCAUAUAUACAUGCAUACCAUCAACACUCAUCUCCUUAGACUGCAUGUCGCAGAUAUACCACUAUCUGUUCGGCUAUUUUGGCACUUGAUAUCCUCCAAGUGACUUUGCUAUUUCCCUUGUUGUUCUUGUCAUAUUUUCUUUUGUCGGGGAGCAUAAAUGUAUCACUGCAAAAACAAUUGAUCUACCCGUUUUAAGCUUUGCACUUUGUUUCACUUUUUCUUGUUCGGCAAACUUCUUCCUAUUGUUUAUCUGGAAAAUUGGAAAGCCAAGAGGAAGCACUGUUGAAAAUAUGCAAGGAGUACAUGUACUGUACAGUACUUCUUAUAGCUAUCCACAUCCUCGUCCUCCUCGCGAGAAGACUGGAAACAUUAACUAUUGAUAUAACACGAAAUUUUCGAAUUGAUGAUAUGCAUAUUCUGCACAUCUCCACUC